AUGCCAAGCAGUGAAUAUGCUCGCCGCGAGCGGGCGGCCUCGAUUGGCUCCUCAAGCACGGCAGCUGGAACUGUCGAUGAGCAUGAGAAGUUGGCAACCUCUCCAAGGCGCGAUAAAAGCAUGGAGCUGGGCGACAUCGAGGCCCGCAACGAGAGAGAAGAUGCGGCUUUCUUGAGCAGUCAUGCCGACGAGAAGCCAGAACCGCCAAAGAGCGGCUUCACCAUGGCCCUGGUCUGGAUGGUCAUCAACACACUGGCUACCAUUGGAAUUGUCUUUACAAACAAAGCCAUCUUUUCCGAUCCGUCCCUGAAGCUGGCCCAGCUCACAUUUGCAGGCUUCCACUUCGUCGUGACUUGGUUCACGCUCUUCGUGCUCUCCCUCCCGCGCUUCGCCUUUUUCGAGCCGCGCCGCGCCUCCAUCCGCGAUAUCCUGCCGCUGGCAGUCGCCAUGGCGCUCAACGUCAUCCUUCCCAACCUCUCGCUCGCCUUCUCAUCCAUCACCUUCUACCAGGUCGCCCGCAUCCUCCUCACGCCCUGCGUGGCCCUGAUGAACUACGUCCUGUACCGCGCCACUCUGCCCCGCAACGCCAUCCUCAUGCUGAUCCCCGCCUGUGCGGGCGUGGGCCUGGUGUCAUACUACGACUCGCUCCCCUCGGCGAACGCCAACGUGAAGACGACCUCGGGCCUGGGCGUCUUCUUUGCCUUUUCGGGAAUUUUUGCCUCUUCGUUGUACACGGUCUGGAUCGCGAGCUACCACCGCAAGCUGCAGAUGAGCAGCAUGCAGCUCCUUUACAACCAGGCGCCCGUUUCGGCCUUUCUUCUGCUUUACGUAAUUCCCUUUGUCGAUACUUUCCCGAAGUGGACCCAAGUCCAGUUGAGCCGCUGGGUCAUGAUAAUGAUGUCUGGAAUGUUUGCGUCCCUCAUCAAUAUUUCUCAGUUCUUCAUCAUCGCCCAGACUGGUCCAGUUUCCAGCACGGUUGUCGGACAUGUGAAGACAUGUACCAUCGUGGCACUCGGCUGGAUAACUUCCGGCCGUGCCAUUGGUGACAAGUCAGUCCUUGGUGUUUUCAUCGCCAUAGGCGGUAUUGUCGGGUAUUCGGUCGUGAUGCUCAAGCACAAUGAGAAGAAGAAGGCCCAGGCCGGGAGGUAG